AUGCUAGGCUGUCUACGGAUGACAAUCGAAGAAUGCGAAGAAGCAUAUAUCCGCCUCGCGAAGACAAUAUUCAAGCCUAAGCGAUGGAAAUACAACUGCUUUAGUCGCGGUCUCGACUUCUUCUCCGCGAGCGAGCGAUAUGACUCGUCCAAGCUUGAGGAUGUUGUCAAGGCAAUAAUCAAGACGCGCACUGGUAGCGAGAGAGCCCCUCUACUGAAUCUCAGCGAAGACGGCAAAUGCAAAGUGUAA